AAUGUUCUUUGUGUGAGGAUUCCUUUUCCUACUUACCAGUCACUCGUUAAGACUUCCAACUGCUUUGUUCUACUCUUCGUUUUAAUCCAUCUUCGCUUCAACCCACCACUAUGAAGGCCUGUCUUAUCAUCUCCCUCCUGGGAGCCGCCGUCGCUCCCGCACUCGCCGCAAAGGGCAACCUGACCCCAAUCACCGUCAAGGGCAAUGCCUUCUUCGCCGGUGACAAGCGCUUCUACGUCCGUGGUGUCGCCUACCAGCCCGGUGGUGCCGCCGACGCACAGGACCCUCUGCUUGACCUCAAGUCGCUCAAGCGCGAUGUCGAGAACUUCAAGAAGCUCGGCAUCAACACUGUCCGUAUCUACACAAUCGACAACUCCAAGAAUCACGAUGAGGGCAUGAAGAUGCUUGACGAUGCCGGCAUCUACCUGGCUCUUGAUGCCAACACCCCCAAGUACUCGCUCAACCGUGAGAACGCCGACACCCUCCACACCUCGUACAACGAUGUGUACCUCCAGUCCGUCUUUGCUACGAUUGAUGCUUUCGCCGAGUACAACAACCUAAUGCUCUUCUUCUCUGGAAACGAGGUCAUCAACGCAAAGAACAACUCCAACGCUGCUCCCUACAUCAAGGCUGUCACCCGUGACAUGAAGCAGUACAUCUCUAACCGCCACGACCGUAUCAUUCCUGUUGGAUACUCUGCCGCCGAUGUCUCUGAGAACAUUGAACAACAGGCCACGUACUUCAACUGCGGUACCGACGACGAGCGCUCCGACUUCUUCGCUUUCAACGACUACUCUUGGUGCGACCCUUCUUCCUUCACUCAGUCCGGCUGGGACAAGAAGGUCAAGACAUACGGCAACUACAGCAAGCCCAUCUUCCUGUCUGAGUUUGGUUGCAUCACCAACACCCGCCAGUGGGGUGAGAUUGCUGCUCUGUACUCCAAGAAUAUGACUAGUGUCUACUCUGGUGGUCUCGCCUACGAGUACACUGUCGAGCCCAACGGCUACGGUCUCGUCGAGGUUGGUUCUGACGGCAAUAUCGAGCCCAACGCAGAUUUCGACCGUCUUGCCAAGGCCCUCAAGGCCACCCCCAACCCCACUGACGACGGCGGCUUCAAGGAGAACGGCAGUGCUUCCAAAUGCCCUGCCGAGUCUGACGACUGGCAAGUCCAGGGUACCAACCUCCCAUCGAUCCCCAAGAAGGCUGUUGCGUUUAUGGACGAAGGUGCUGGCUCAGGUCCCGGUCUUGCUGGCUCCGGCUCCCACUUCGCCGGUGAGCCCAGCGAGUCUGAGGCCCAACCUGGAUCUGGCGAGCCCACACGCGCUCCUACAGCUGGUGCCACUGGCUCUGCCAACAGCCAGGGUGCUGCUGCUGGCCUCGAGGUACCCCUCCGCAUCAUUGGCAUGGUUGCUGCGAGCACUAUCUUUGGUGCUGUGCUUCUGUUUUAGAUGGAAUGACGCGUCGGGGUGUAUGCAGCACGGUGUGGGUGAGGGUGCGAGGAUGCACAUGCAUAGAUUUGUACAAGUGUAGCGGCUUUCCUAUUUGUAUCUGGAGUUUCUUUGAUGGCCCUUAGCUCGGCAUUGCAUAUACCUCUCAGUCAUUGCAGGCGCCUGGCCUUUUUUUCGUUGUGUAGUAAUACAUCACAUGACCUGAUUUUAUCUUGAAUAUGCAUUGUGAA